ACGCUUCACGGGCCUCGGCGAUCUGAACCGUUAGCCACGUUACGCACAAACUUAUUAUAUUUUGAAAUGAAUCCAAAGUGUUUCUAAACAGCUUUACGCGUCAGGGUAGCUGCUGUUUUUGGAUGAUGUUGUGAGGAGAUGACUCAUCUGUCCAACUGGAUUUAUUUAAAGAGCGGCGCGUUUUGAAUGGCUUGGUUUUCCCGACUGAAUUGCCUUGAACUCCACGCAAGGAGAAAGGAUAGCUAGCCGGGCUAAGUUGGUAGCUGGGUAGUCACUUCCUUGUUGCACAUCGGAGUGUGUUGUAAGGCGAGAAGAAGUUUCCAAGGGGACAUUUUUUUAUUUUUACAAUGUAACAGGGUCUGGUAGAUGGAUUUAAAGUGUCGUGUGGACUGUAACGGUAAAGAAGAACUUGCUUUUUAAUAAUUGGAGUUGUUUUGGGCCUCUGUGGGCGAUUCAAUGGAAUGCGACUGAACCAGAAGAGUUAGCUUGAUAAAGCUAGCUGGUUAAAGCGAUUAGCAUUGUCUAUCAUAUCUGGGAGACAGACGUCCUGGAAUACAAUGGUUAAAUGCCGAUUGGUUUUAUGACUCCGCGCCGCAGCAUUAUUUAAAUGUGGCGUAUUGUUUGCCACUACGUGUUAUCAUUUGUAGGAACGCUCUCUCUCUGAACUCUUUAAUGUGCUGGAUUUGCAAUGGAAACGUUCAGCUUUUGAUCUUGCUAGCCGACAGGCUAUCUGAUUGCGAGGCGUCAGCUAAGUAACCUGUUACACUGCUAGCCCAAUGUUUUGUUUAGCAGCACAUCAGGGGACAUAGUUUUGAUAGAACAUAUUGUACUGGUAUUCUGGACUUUGUAGUAGCUUUGAUUUAUUUGGAAGAUAAAUGCCCAAUUCAGAGGUGCUUCGCGAGGGUCGCGGACGGAGCCCCUCUGAACAGCGACAUGCUAACAGGCGGAGUAAGCCGGGGAGCGGUGCCACAGAGAGAGAGAGGCAUAGGGAUAAGAGGCGCUCAUCGGCUGCCCGGAGGAAGAAACGCAGGCAGCAAAAGAACAGAGACCUGUGGCCCAUCGGUGAAACAGAAAAACCUGAAAAUAAUCGAAAAGGCGCUUUUGAUAAAGAGCUCGAACUUCGGACGCUAGUGGAGUAUGACGAUGUUAGCUCUCAGUCGGAGCGAUUCUCUGGAAGCCCCUCUCCUAAACUUUACCCCCAUGCUGACGGUGUGUCAGUGGAUCGACUUAGCGAUGUGGACUCGGGGGAAUUUAACGGACCAGCAUCCUUAGUAAAAGGGCAACUAGGGGCCCGAGAGGCAGUAUACCUUAAUAAGGACGGCAUAACAAGAGGACCAUCUAUGAAGAACAAACAAGGGAAGGAGACAAGUAGGAAGAAGGACCGUCACAGCCGUGAGAAAGACUCCUCUAAAGUCAGGAGUGGAAGUAGCCUCAGUGGCUCUAAAAAUCACAGAAACCCUGCAAAGACCGGUGACAGGAAUGGCAAAAAGACUUCCACAUCUCAGACCUCCCAAUCCGCAGACAAAAAAGAUUCAAAAAAGCACAAAAGUAAAACAAGGUCUGACAAAGAGCCUCCAUCUGCAUACAGAGAAGCUCCACAAGCUUACAGAGAUGAUCGCGAUGACCUCAGGGCAUACAGGAGAAGUCCUGGUUUUAAAGCAGACAGUCCCUAUGGGACAUCUUAUUCAUACAACUACCAGUCUCCUGGUGGGUAUAACCAGGUUAUAUCUAGAAGAAGUCCUACUUUCGGAAGUAAAAGACUUUCACCUAGUUCCACUUAUUAUAGCCGGGACGUGGACAUGUUUGGAGCAUAUGGUGUUACAAAGUCACCUAGUUCAUACUCCAGCAACAAGAGAAAGCGAUCUCCAUCGAAUCCAGUUAACUGGCGCAGGUCACCCAGUUUUGGCAGACACAGUCCAUACGAACAAGGAGAGUUCGUCCCAAGUCCUUUUGGAAGUCGCAGAAGAUCCCGAAGCCCUUACAGGAAGUCCAUGAGUCCAAGUCCAGAUGUCAGACGAUCUGCUAGGUCACGCAGCAGAAGUCCAUAUUCAACCUCAAGGCAUUCACGUUCUCGCAGCCGUCACCCGCACUCCCGUUCCCGGAGUCGCCACUCCAGCCUUUCGCCGAGCACGCUCACAUUCAAAAGCAGCCUGGCAGCUGAGCUCAGUAAGCAGAAAAAAGUGAAGGCAGCAGAGGCAGCCGCCAAGGCCAAGAACUCGAGCAACACAUCUACUCCGACCAAAGGUUCUUCAUCUGCUCCUCAGCCAAGUCCCAAGCCUAACCACACAGCCAGGAAGGGACGUCCUCCCUCUCCACCUCCACCUCCACCAGAGAAGGGACCCAGAACCCCGUCGUCGAGCCAACCACAGUCCCCUUCAGAGAAGUUGUCCAAGAAGACCACAGAACGCCAGACCAGUAAGGACAGAGACGGGAAGGGGAGAGAUGACUCUAUACACCGGGACAAAAGGAAAGUGGGAGCAUCUGGACCGAGCAAAGAAAAGGAACGAGCCACUGCUCCAGUUAUUUCUACACUGCCAGCGUUACCAUUGCCCCUAGCGACUGUUGAAAACCUAGAUAAAGGGGAAAGUUUAAAGGACACCUCGGCCUCAGCAAAGAAGAAGACGGAGAAGAAGUCCCGUCAGCUCCUGACCGACCUGCCUCUGCCCCCCGAGCUUCCUGGCAGCAUAUCUUCCCCACACAGCCCACCUGAUGACAAAAAGUCCCAAACACUUCGUCGAAGACCAAGAAUCUGUGGCCCAAGAUACGGUGAAAUUAAAGAAACAGAGAUGUAUUGGGGAAAACGUUGCGUGGACAAGUUUGAGAUCAUUGGAAUAACAGGAGAAGGGACCUAUGGUCAGGUGUAUAAAGCUAAAGACAAAGACACGGGUGAGAUGGUGGCUCUGAAGAAAGUUCGCUUAGACAAUGAAAAAGAGGGUUUCCCAAUCACAGCCAUUAGAGAGAUUAAAAUUCUGCGACAGCUCAAUCACAAGAGCAUCAUAAACAUGAAGGAGAUCGUCACUGACAAGGAAGAUGCUCUGGAUUUUAAGAAUGAUAAAGGUGCUUUUUAUCUAGUAUUUGAGUACAUGGACCACGACCUGAUGGGCCUGCUGGAGUCGGGUCUGGUCCAUUUCAACGAGAACCACAUUAAGUCCUUUAUGCGGCAGCUGCUGGAGGGACUGGACUACUGUCACAAGAAGAACUUUCUUCAUAGAGACAUCAAGUGCUCCAACAUUCUGCUCAAUAACAAAGGUCAAAUAAAGCUCGCAGACUUUGGACUUGCUCGAUUGUACAACUCUGAAGAGAGUCGACCAUAUACCAAUAAAGUGAUCACACUGUGGUACCGUCCCCCGGAGCUGCUGUUGGGGGAAGAGAGGUACACACCGGCUAUCGACGUGUGGAGCUGCGGGUGCAUUCUGGGCGAACUCUUCACAAAGAAACCAAUCUUUCAAGCUAACCAGGAGCUUGCACAGUUAGAACUUAUCAGCCGAAUCUGCGGCAGCCCCUGUCCUGCUGUUUGGCCAGAUGUCAUAAAGCUUCCCUUCUUCAACACCAUGAAACCAAAGAAGCAAUACCGGAGGCGCCUAAGGGAGGAGUUUGCUUUCAUCCCGCCAUCUGCCCUGGACCUCUUCGACCACAUGCUGAACCUGGACCCCAGCAAACGCUGCACAGCUGAACAAGCGCUGGGCAGUGAGUUCCUCAAGGAUGUAGAUCCAGACAAGAUGCCUCCUCCAGAUCUUCCCCUUUGGCAAGAUUGUCACGAGCUGUGGAGUAAGAAGCGCCGCCGACAGAAGCAGAUGCCAGAAGAGCUGGUGGCCCCUAAGGCCCCCCGCAAAGAGCUCGGCCUCGAUGAUAGCCGCAGUAACACUCCGCAGGGCUUCUCUGCUCCGGGAGGCAUCAAGGCACAAAAUGCAGCUGCUUCUUUGCUGCUUGAACCAAAGGGUCCAAACUCCCAGUUUACCCAGGAGCAGUUGGCGGUCCUCUUGAACUUACUGGGCCAGACCAAGAGUACAAUCAACACAGCCCAGUUUGUUCAGUCUAUAAGCACAAAGGUUAACCAGGAGGCAUUGCAGCAGCUCACUAAAGCCUUAGCUCCCUCUGACCCGUCUGAACCCGUGCCCCAACCCGUGCCCGCCAAGCCUCCGCAGCCUCCCGCCCCAGCAGGAGUACCACGUACACCUCCACUGCCCAAGCCUCCUUCGCCCCCCAUGUCUGCACCGUCGAGUAUUCCAGAGGGCGAAGCUGCAUCUGCCACACAGACGGCAGUGACCAUGCUGCUAGCUCAGCUGCUCCAGGCUCAGCAGGUUCAGAGGCAGGAUGCAACUGAUGCCGGAGAAGGAGCAGAGAGCACCAACCCACCCGGAGCUGCAGCCCCACCACCAACGCUUCCACCUCCAGAGGUCAAACAGCCUCCAGAGCCGAGCCCCGUUUCUCCAGUGUCUGAGGUAGGUGGCGUGUCCAUCCUGCCCCCAGAUCAGCGCCCACCUGAGCCUCCAGAGCCACCCCCACACGCCGACCUGGACUACCGGCAGCCUCCACCUGAGCCUAAGCUGGGUCAUGCUCCCCCAAUCUCUUCUGCGAGCGGAGGUGAUGGAGGUCGGCCCCCGGAGCCGGACUACCCUCCUCUUCCUUCUGCAGAGGGCUCUUCGUAUAGCCAUCCUCCUCCUCCACCACCAUUCAGUCCCGCAGGCUUCGGGGACAACUACAUGGGUCACAUGUUGGGUGGAGGUCUGCCACCUCACGCUCUGAGGGAAGUUUUCAGCGGACUCGUACAAGCCCCCGGAUCCUCAAACAGUGCUGGAGUUCUGCCACCAUCCCACCCAGACCAGUUCCCACCUGGAGCAGCACCAGCUGCAACUUCUGGACCCAAUAGCAUGCUGUUCAGUGGAGACAAGGACCACAGAUUCGAGUACAAUCACAGUCCUUUACCUGUGGAGGGACAACCCAACCCCAGCUCAAUGCACAUGUACAACCAUGCAAUGGCUAGAAAGGAUGGAGUUCCUCCUCCGCCUCCUAUCCCGGCACCAGGACAACCCUGGGGCUCCCCAUCCCAAGUCGGGGCACCGCCUCUUCCCCUUGGAUUUGUUCCACAUAUGAAUUCAACAGCAACAAUCAGAGGACGAGGGCUGCCUUUCUGAAAGCCUGGAAACUUGACAUGCAACAAACGAUAGAAGGCUGCAGGACUCUGCAGGGUGAUGUUUUUUAGACCUUAUCAGAUGCAUCUGGAGAUGCACAUUAAGUUUUAAUAACUUAAGUAUGUAUAAAGCAUUGUAUUUUUCCUUAAUCUGAAAUAUGUUGCAGAAGGACAAAUGAAUAACAACAGGAGCUUUUCUCGCUCAUACUGUUUUCAUAUUUUUUUUGUAAUCUAUUCUGCUGUCUUUUAAAUUAAACUUUUACCUUGUCCUUGUUUUGUUUUUGAGUUGUACAGUGUCAGGCCGGGUGAAAUGUUUCUUCUCUACCUUAGCCUAUCUGUAAUAUUCCGAGGCAGAGUAGUAUUAACGUUUUCCACUACUGACCAAAGUAGGCAGAAACUAUUUUGGCUAUGAAAGAAAAUGGAUGCAGACUUAAAAUAUGACUGAUGAUGUGGUGUCGUUUUUUUCUGUCAUGAAAUCGAUGGCUGAUGAAUGGAGCGUCGCCGCAGGAAGCUUAUUCAAGGACUUAAGACUGUAGCACUCGUACGACCGCAGCACACAUCACGAAGACUUGGAGUUUCAUGGGAAUCCUCGGCAGUGUAAAAAGAUAAAUAAAAAUCAUGAGUGAAGCAAACGGAUCCAAAAUUAAAAAGGAAAUGAUUUUUUUUUUUUUUGUACUAAAAUGAUUUGUCCUCCUCCCUUGUCCUUUGGCAAAUGUUUAUUAAAGAAAUGCCAACAGUG